AUGGUCUCCCAGCUUUAUUAUAUACUGAUCGCUCUACUUCCGUUCUGUCUUGGAACUGUGAUACGUCGAUGGGAUUCUCCCAUUGUCAAACUCCCUUACGCUACUUAUCAAGGAUACCACAAUGAAUCUUCAGGAUUGGAUAUCUAUCUUGGAGUCAGAUACGGAGCUUCGACUGAAGGUCAGAAUAGAUGGAAAGAAGCUCAACCUCCCUUGGAUCAGACAAAUCAAGGAAUACUGAACGCUACUGUGUUUCCGAAACAGUGUCCACAAGGAACUGCAGGUGGCAUAAUCACAGCAGCACAGUACGAUCCUUUACAAUCGGUAGAUUCAGAGGAUUGUUUGUUCGUGAAUGUAUAUGCACCACCCAAUGCAGACAAUUUGCCCGUGUUAGUUUGGAUUCAUGGAGGGGGCUGGGAUCAUAACUCGGCUAGGGAAUUUGACCCAACACCAAUGAUCAAUUUCUCCAAUAAUUCAUUCAUUGGAGUGAUCAUUCAAUAUCGAUUAGCUGCAUUUGGAUUUUUACAAUCCCCAUCUAUGGCCAAGGAUCACGGUUUGAACGCAGGUAUAACGGAUGCUAGAGCUUCUCUCAGAUGGGUUCAACAAUAUAUCGAGAAGUUUGGAGGUGAUAAAGAUAAAGUCACGAUUUGGGGUCAAAGCGCAGGUGGUGGAACUAUAUUACAUUUAUUAGCAGCUCAGUCGGAACCCCAAAGAAAAAACGAGAAGUUGUGGAAAAACGUUAUUAUGAGCAGUCCAUAUCUGACACCUAUGGGUAAAUGCGAUUCCACUUCCUGGCAAACGCAAUUUAACAAUUUCUCUUCUGCGGCGAAUUGUUCAGGUGACAACGCACUGGAAUGCCUUCGAAAUACGUCCACUGAUACUUUAAAGACGCUAAGUCAUCAAUUCGAUUCGAAACUCCUUGCUGAACAUCCAUCUGCCUAUGAGCCAUGUAUCGAAGGUGAAGGAGGGUAUUUAAUCGGGAAUACAGCUGAAAGAUUGAAGAACGGUCAAAUUCCAAAUUCUUACAUGAUCGGUGGAUCAAAUUUCAAUGAUGGAUCAGGAUUCGUUCCUACUUCAUUAACACCCCCAUCAAACCUGACGAAUAUCUCAGCUGAAGCAGACUCGAGAUUAUCUAAUUACCUGACAACUGAUUUUCCUUUGACAGAAGGCAGUGAACAAGUACAACGUGUAUUGGAUCUGUACCCUCUCAAGGACUUUGUCGAUAAUCAUGCCAGAGGAGCUGAGAUUUAUCAAGAUGUCAUUUUCGCGUGUCCGGUCGAUUGGACAUUGGAUACAAAUCAAAAUAGUUGGAGAUAUCUAUAUGCAGUAAAAGAUGCUGUUCAUGCAAGAGACAACGCAUAUGAAUUCCCUUACUUCUAUAAUACACUUUCACCCAAUUCACCUACUCUAUACUCAUCAUACAUAGGUUCUAUCGUAUCACUAAUUACGACAUCUUCUCCUAACAACCUUCGAGAUGUUCAGCCAGAAAACGAUCCUUCUUGGCCACUAUAUGUCACAAAAGGGGAAUACAAAGUACUCAAUGUAACCAUCGCCAAUAUCAGCGAUUCAUAUAUCUCUCAAGGUGCUCAGCAGAUAGGUACGAAAGAAAGGUGUGAUUUCUGGGCGGAAACAAGGAUAACAGGGAAUUGGUGA